AUGUCAGAUUGGGGUGGGUUUUCGGACGCAGAACUUCGCCACCUCCGAAGUGGCGGCGAUUCAACAGCGACCAAAGCUAAACCAGCCUCGUCCAAAUCGCCGAAAAAGGCACUCGCCGCUAAAAAGACCUCAAAGCCAAAACCGCCGAAAAAAUUACCUGAUGAAGCCCUCCUUCCUACUAGUACAAACGCUGAACCAGCUAAACAGGAACCCAAAGAAGAAAUCCAAGUGAACAAAGUUGACACCUCAUCAAAUCAACCUGAAGUACCGGAUUUUAUUGAAGAAGAAGUGGCCGAGCAAAAGAAAAAGAUGGAGAUCCAAGAAGUCGAGAAGAUCCAAAAAGAGAUGGAGGAGAAGAAUAAAAGGCGAAGAGCCGCUCUAGCUCAAGAGGUCAUCUCUCGCCAAAAGAAAGCUGCAUUGGAAAGCAAAAUGCUCGCGACGAUUCAGGAUGAAUUAGUUAAAUUGGAUAACCUGCUUAAUGCGGACGUUGCCGUAAUCCGCGAUCAAAUCGACAAGGCUUGCGUAGAAUUUAGCGAAGCAAAUCGUCGAUUUCAAACAGCAGAGAAAGAGUACGUCGAUGCUAAGUUCGACCUCCAGCAAAAACUGAGACAAAGGACAACCUGA